AUUCGCCAUGAUGGCUGCGCUUAGGCGAUGUAUGAGCAGAUUGAAGAUAAAUGGUUCACGCUACGCACUAUACCAGAGCGGUUUGAAGCAGACAGAUACCCAUCCACCAAGACCAUUUACCAGUUUUUAUAAUGAGAUGAACUAUCAACAUUUACAUCCAGCUUCCUAUAGUCUCACUAAUUUCUGCCGUACCUGUACUACAUCAACAGCCUCCUCUCAAAAUAAAUACCCAUAUCUUCGAAUUGAAAACAUGCCCAAAUUGAUCAGCAAAGAUGUUGUAGAAAAGUUUCUACAAAGACAUGGUGCAACAGACUGCCAAAAACAAGGCAUAACAGCUAUAAUUAAAUUUUCUAAACCUGAAAUGGUUGCAUUAGCAGCAGAUAACUUGAAUGGUAUAGUGUUUGAAGGAUAUCAGAUGCAGACAGUGGUUGGUAACAACAAAAGUAUGCUGCAUGUCCUGAAUGUACCAGAAGGCUGGGAGGCAGCAGAACUGGAACAGCUUUGUAAACCGUAUGGGGACGUCCUAGAUACCAAUAUGAAAUCUGUGUGGCUUGCUAAUUUUGGCUCUAUACGUGAGAUGGAGGUGGCUGCCAGUAUGUUGCAAGGCUCAACCCCCUUUGACAAUACUGCUAUUAAGGCGAAACCUUGGAAACCAGAUUCCAGACAAAAGGGACCCGGUCCCUACGAGGUGGUCACACAGACUGAUUAUCAGCCUGAAAAUACAAAGGAAACACAACAAAACAUGACUACAGACAGUGAUGAGACAGAUGAACUUUACCGCAAAAUUAUUUUGGAGGUGAAAGGUCAUGACAUUGCUGUCUUAAAUAGUUAUGCUGCUUUUGUGAAGAUGGCUACCAGAUUUCUGAACAUAAAUCUUGUUAAGAUCUAUACACCACCAAAAGUGAUCACAAAAUAUUCUCUUCUCAAGUCAACUCACAUUUAUGGUAAACACAGGGUGCAGUAUGAAAUGAGAACUAACUACCGUGUCAUAGAGUUGGAGAAACUAACAGGAUCCACAGCCAACACUUUCCUUGAGUAUAUACAGCGUAAUCUGCCCCACGGUGUGGCAAUGAAGGUUACCAAGCAUGAACUGGAAAAGUUACCAGAACACAUAGUACCACCAAUGGAGGAAUUGACAGCGUAACAUCAACUUGUUUAUUUGUUACACAAACAUUUUAUUAACAUAAUUGAGAUCUAGUGGAAGUACAUUAUUAUUCCAAUUUAUUAUGCAAAUUAGGAAGAAGUGACUGAGUGUAAAUAAUGUAAAUAUGAAGUGUCCUCUGUGUGGUUCUGUGGUAAGAAGAUGUCAAACUUUACUACUACAAGUGUGUAAUUUUACAGUUACUGGCAAAACGUUUGAGACAAUUUUAUCUCAAUUUCGUAACUUACAGUAAAUUCACUCACUGUUCUGGACUUUUUCACAAUAAAAAGAUGCCAUUAAUGAA